AUGGCACCGAUUGAUGAGGCCCUUGAUUUCCUGAAGUCGUCGGUAUCGGUGAACUAUGCUGAGACUGCACGCCGCUUCAAUUGCGACGAGACCACACUGCGACGCCGACAUCAAGGCAAACAGCGGUCAAGACGUGACGCCGAUAGAUUGUAUAAAUCACGGCUGUCAAAACAGCAAGAACGGGAUCUCAUCGCCUAUAUUCAUAAGCUUUCAUCACGUGGGAUUCCGCCUACCUUGCCUAUGAUAAAGAACUUCGCCCAGGAUAUCGCGAAAAUCGAGGUCGGAAAGAACUGGCCGUACAGCUUCGUUCGACGCAAUCGCGACAAGCUCGGUUGCACCUGGUUUGAUGGAUUGGAUAUGGCACGAAGGAAAGCAGACAGUGCGUCUAGGUAUAAGGAUUACUUCGAGCUGGUAAGUUGA